CUUCCGACAAGCACAUCUGAGUCCUGAAAACAGGUUGAUUCGUCCAUCUCCUGUUGUCGUCGCCUCAUGAUCUCCUGUAGCUCUGAGUCUCCAAGACUCCUCUGUGAAAAAGAGAGACUUGAGGAGGAAGGCUAUGACUUUCAAACCACAGAGUUGGGACCAAGUCAUUGUUUUACAAGUCACAAAUCAGACUGGUAGAGUUUCCAUCAUGAGGCUGGCGUUGAAGUACCUGGACAAGAUGAGAUGUUUCCGAAAACGUUCUGCAAUUCCUUUCCUGGUGGCUCUCAUUACCUUCUUGCUCUUCAUAAACCUUUACAUUGAGGAUGGAUAUGUGCUGGAGGAAGAUAAACGUCAGCUGCGAGAGACCUCAAUGCAUCCUCUGAACUCUGAGCGAUAUGUUCACACCUUUAAAGAUAUCACCAAUUUUUCUGGAACAAUUAAUGUGACUUAUCGGUACCUUGCUGGAACACCUUUACCACGAAAGAAGUAUCUCACCAUUGGAUUGUCAUCCGUAAAAAGAAAGCGAGGAAAUUACCUGUUGGAGACUAUCAAGUCCAUCUUUGACCAAUCAAGCUACGAGGAGCUCAAAGAGAUCAUUGUAGUUGUCCACUUGGCAGACUUUGACCUGGCAUGGUGUGAGAGCCUGGUUCAAGAAAUCUCAAGGAAGUUUGGCCACCAUAUCAUCGCAGGCCGACUCCUGGUUAUCCAUGCACCUGAAGAGUACUACCCAUCCCUGGACGGUUUGAAGAGAAACUAUAAUGAUCCUGAGGAUCGGGUACGCUUUCGUUCAAAACAGAAUGUAGAUUAUGCUUUCCUCCUCAACUUCUGCACCAACCUCUCUGACUUUUACAUGAUGUUGGAGGACGAUGUACGAUGCUCCCGGAACUUUCUCACAGCCCUAAAGAAGGUGGUGGCUUCUAGAGAGGGCUCUUAUUGGGUCAUGCUCGAGUUCUCUAAACUGGGGUACAUAGGAAAGUUGUACCACUCAAAAGACAUUCCCAGACUUGCCCAUUUCCUGCUCAUGUUCUAUCAGGAGAUGCCUUGUGAUUGGCUUCUUAUCCAUUUCCGAGGUCUACUGGCCCAGAAGGAUGCUAUUCGAUUCAAGCCAUCUCUUUUCCAACACAUGGGAUACUAUUCAUCUUAUAAGGGGGCAGAGAACAAACUUAAGGAUGAUGACUUUGAGGAAGACUCCCUUGAUAUCCCAGACAACCCACCUGCUAGUCUGUACACCAACAUCAAUGUGUUUGAAAGCUAUGAUGCUGCCAAAGCAUACAGUAGUGUGGACGAGUACUUUUGGGGCAAAGCUCCAUCCACUGGGGACUUUUAUGUAAUAGUGUUCCACAAGCCAACAAAAAUCAACAAAAUCAAGAUCAUCACGGGAACAGAUGAUCGUCAGAAUGAUAUUUUGCAUCAUGGAGCUCUGGAAGUUGGCGAGAAAUUAGUUGGAACAAAGAAGGGAAGGCAGUGCUCCUCCUAUAUAACGUUAGGGGAGUUUAAAAAUGGAAACAUUGAGGUUCACGAUGUGGACCACAAGAUUGCAUUUGAUAUCGAGUGUGUUCGUAUUGUGGUAACGGCAAGUCAGAAAGAAUGGAUUAUAAUUAGAAGCAUAAGCCUGUGGACUAUUCAAAGUGCAAGUCAAUGAGAACUUUUUUGAACCCUAGGUAAAGGCACAACUGUCAAUGUUUUAUUUAUCUAUUUAUUAAUUAUACAAUUUCUAAAUUAUUUAUUCAUUCUUAUGAGAGAAAUAUUUAUGUAUUCAUCAUACUUUUAUUUAAGGCCAAUUUAAAUUUGCACUUUUUCUUAUGCCUCCCUUUUCCAUUAUUACACCAUUAUUUUUGCUCCUCCACUAAAACGUAAAAAUGUCUUGGCUCUCCUCAGGCCAAGUUGUAAUUAUUUCCAAUGUCUUAACAGACAGAAAUAUCCAAGUGUAGCCACUGAAAAUGCAGCAAGCUUGGUUCAAAUGUUGCUUGACACUGAAUUAUAAACAUUUCAUUGAGGUUAUUUUUUGGUUUCUUUAUUUGUUUUUUCUUUGUCGCAUAUCAAAUAUUUGCUUAUCCUGCUGUCAUUUCCACAAGCACAGGGUCAGUAUUGCCUUGAAUACACAAUGUAUCAUGGCAUGAAUCUUCUCAGCAACAUUUCAUACUAUCUUCCCUUUGAAUGAUAACAGAAAUGUUAUUCAAUCAACCUUCGGCCAAAAGGGUCUCCUUAGAGUUGUGUUAUUUUGUUUGUUUGUGCUGACCUUCAGAGGCAUGGACUGGAACACGGUGUCUGUGCUCACUCAUCUUCUGAAUUGUCGUGAUUGGAUAGUAUAGUGAGGAAUGAGGUAAACCUCUCUUUCCUUUCAGUAUUUUCCUCUUGCUUUUUCCUCAGCGCAAUUUUACCAAGGUAAAUUGUUUUUUUUUUGGCUUGUUCCCCCCCAUCAAAUCACACCAGCUACAAUUGGAAUUGUUGGACACCCCAUGCAAUUUUAUGUUAUUUUAUGAGUGUGUGCACUAUAGACCAUUACUAUCACUAUCAAUAUUUGUUUACUCUUGGUUAAUACAAUUCCCCAAUUUCAUUGUCACAAGAUUUUUUAAGAGACAUUAAAACUACUGCAUUUGAAAACUUUGUUCGAUUUAACAGGUCACAUAAAAAAUGCAAUAAUAAGUCAACUGUUUACAUGACUUUGUAAUGUUGCAAACUGUGUCUAUCACCUGGUUUUUCUUUUCUUUAUGUUGACAGAUGACAAUUUUUCCUAUUGAAAACCGAACACUUAUUUUUUUCCUGCCAUUUCAAACUGAAUUUCAUACUAGAGUAGUAAACUGCAUUCUGAACAAGAGCGAAGGCAACUCAUAUCAUACAAAUACUUUGUACUUUGUAUGAUCAUGUUUGCCAACACCCAGUAUACAAAAAUCUACAUUACAUUAAGAGGGGCUCUGCACCCACGUAUGUCAGAGGGUGAAAAGCAAAUGAGCUUUUCUAUGAUUAUUCAGAAGCCGUUACUAGCACUAUUUCUCUGGCUAGAAAUGUUACAAUGCUGUAAACGUUUGUUCUCAUGCCAGAUUAAAAUUGCAGUGUUUCUUGGUCAAACUUGCAUCAUUUUAUUCAAUUUUAUUCAAUUUUGUUGUAAGUGAAUACCUCUUGCCUAAUUAUAUUUGUGAAGAGUCUUUUGAAUGCGUUUCAGACUCCUAUGGCUAUAUAACGUCACAGUAUGUUUUCAAUAGUUUUGUAAUGCUUUCUUGUGAGCAAAGCACUGGUCCUUUUUAAAGCAGCCAGCUAAAUUUUAGGGCUGGGUGUGUAAUAAAUUGUUCUAAAUGAAAAUAGUGGAAGGUUUUGUCUUCCUAAUAAAACAAUCGAAAACAUUAUUUUUCAUGCAUGAGCUAAGACCGUGUUAGUUCCUCUGUCAGUUUUAGGCUUUAUGACUUGUUUUCAAGUGUCUACUCUGAACUUGACUUGCAUUGUAAUGUACAUGAUUUGUAAUUUAACUGUACUGAUAAUACAUUAAGACAGCUGACAUCUCACAUAUUGUGCUGCAUAGGUGAAGAGAAUGUUUUCCAAUGUAGAGUUAUGUUGUAUUUUCUCCACACUGUUUGUCACAUGGUACUGUAUCUAUAUUGUAAAAUGACAUAUAUUUUUUUACAUUUAUCAUUAGAAAUGUUUGCCUUGUACAU